UGUGAGGUAUCAACGACAGCCCCGUGCUGGAUCCCAGAGGGCUUGUCAGUGUGGUAAGGACCCCCAGGACCCCCGAGGGUGGAUGGAGCGCUUCAGGCCGAGGCUGACGAGGCUGGGGCAAGGGAUCAGGACCGGGUCGUCGUCCUCUUACCCAGCAUGCCUCUGGUUGGGCCUGCUCUCUGUGGCCACCGCCUUCCUGUGCGCAGAGGGCGAUCGCACCACCCCCAGCCCCGCCACCAUAGACUCCCACAAUGCCACCUGCUCCGAAGGCACGUCCAGGUGCAAGUCAGGAAUUGUCUUGCCCAUCUGGUACCCUGAGGACCCCUCCAUGGGGGAUAAGAUGGCCCGAGUCAUCGUCUACUUCGUAGCUAUGAUCUACAUGUUCCUGGGAGUGUCCAUCAUAGCAGAUCGCUUCAUGGCGGCCAUCGAGGUCAUCACCUCCCAGGAGAAGGAGAUUAUUAUUAAGAGAGCCAACGGAGAGACCACCACCGCUACCAUCAGAAUCUGGAACGAGACGGUCUCCAACCUGACCCUCAUGGCCCUGGGUUCUAGUACCCCUGAGAUCCUGCUGUCUGUCAUCGAAGUCUGUGGACACGACUUCGUAGCUGGCGAGCUGGGGCCGUCUACGAUCGUCGGCAGCGCUGCCUUCAACAUGUUCGUGAUCAUCGGCCUGUGUGUGUCUGUGAUCCCCGAGGGAGAGACGAGGAAGGUGAAACAUCUCAGAGUGUUCUUUGUGACGGCGGCGUGGAGUAUCUUCGCCUACAUCUGGCUCUACAUGAUCCUGGCGGUGUUCAGUCCCAACGUUGUCCAGAUAUGGGAGGGGCUGCUAACCCUGGCCUUCUUCCCCAUCUGUGUCAUCCUGGCCUGGCUAGCCGACCGACGACUCCUCUUCUACAAGUUCAUGCACAAGAAGUACCGCGCCGACAACCACCGUGGCGUCAUCAUCGAGACCGAGCACGAGCGCUCCAAGGGCAUCGAGAUGAUGGACGGCGGCGGCAAGAUGGUCAACUCACACUUCGCCCACGACGGAGGCAUCGCCCAUAACCUCAUCAGCCUGAUCGAGGGGAAAGAAGUGGACGAGUCUCGGCGGGAUAUGAUCCGGAUCCUGAAGGACCUGAAGCAGAAACACCCAGAGAAGGAGAUGGACCAGCUGGUAGAGAUGGCUAACUACUACGCCUUGUCCCACCAGCAGAAGAGCCGAGCCUUCUACCGCAUCCAGGCCACACGCAUGAUGACAGGCGCCGGGAACAUCCUGAAGAAGCACGUGGCGGAGCAGACCAAGAGGAGCGCCAGCGUACAGGAAGUGUGUGUGGUAGGGGAGGAAGUCGAGGAGUACGUGUCACGGAUUGCCUUCGAACCCGCCGUGUACCAGUGCCUGGAGAACUGUGGCGCCGCCCUGCUGGCCAUCUCCAGGAAGGGCGGCGAUAUGGCCAAGACCAUCUAUGUUGACUACAAGACAGAGGACGGCUCAGCCAACGCCGGCGCCGACUACGAGUUCACAGAGGGCACGGUGGUGUUCAAGCCCGGCGAGUUCGUCAAGGAGAUCAGCAUCGGCAUCAUCGACGAUGACAUCUUUGAGGAGGACGAGCACUUCUUUGUGCGUCUCAGCAAUGUGCGUGUCCUGGAGUCAGACGAGGAUGAGACACUACUGUCCCCCAACUCUCUCCCAUACCCCAAGGCCCUGCUGGGGUUCCCUGCCAUCGCCACUGUUACCAUCCUGGACGACGACCACGCCGGGAUAUUCACCUUCGAGACCGACACGUGUCACGUGAGUGAGAGCGUGGGCGUAAUGGAGGUGAAGGUGCUGAGGACUUCGGGGGCGAGGGGGACAGUCAUCGUCCCCUAUCGUACCAUGGAGGGGAUCGCCAAGGGAGGAGGGGAGGACUUUGAGGACACCUACGGAGAACUGGAGUUCAGGAACGAUGAGACCUGGUAAGACCAUCUACUAUAUUUUAGUUUGAUUGAUUUAUAGACUGAUUGAUUGAUUGUCCAACCAUCGAUUGUUGUCCAGCCCGGAGACAACAUUAUGUGGGGGUUGAUCUGCUGUGUAUUCUUUACAUUUAAAUGAUUUUGGCAGAAAAAGGAUUUAUUGGUGGGGGAAAGGUGGUUGGUGGGACAAGGUCGGCCAUUUUAGCAG